AUGUUCAGAAUUGAACAGCAAGCAAGCAAUUUGGACCUGGAUCUACGAAGACGCAGUGUGGAUAUUGACUUUGUCUGCGGCAAGGCAAGAAAAUCUAGCUCACCUCGAAUCCGUGAAAUAUACGAGUCAAAGGUCGAGAAGACAAAGCAAGAAGUGAGAGACGAGUUCGCCAACGCUGUGGUUGCGAGGGAGGUUGCUGCCGCUGCGCAAUCACUUGGUCUCAUGUCAAGGGCCGUACAACCUCCGUUUGAAGAUCAUGUCGAGCUCUUCACAGACGUGGAACAGAACCUAACCCUCGUGGCUGACAAUGUGGGCGUGCCCAGACCUAUGUCGACCAGACCGUAUCUGAGCUUUCGCGUGUGGGACACUUCAAACCGCACAGCAUUCAUUGAUGGUGGCUUUGUGGCUGAGACUUUUAUCGGUUGGCCUCGUCCGUUCCCAGGGCCCAUCGCACUCGACGACCCUUCAGAAGCCGGUAAGAUUUUCACGUACUUACACCUCAGCAAGCACGGUGAUACACCCGUCUAUAUCUCAACGGCAAGCUCCCUCCUGCAAGCUCUCUCUUACGCCAAAGAUAUGGAACAGCCAAAAAUUGCUCUAAUUUCGCUCGGUGCUUCGUGUCUGCAACAAAAACAGAAAGUGCACCACGCGGCCGACAUUUUCCCAUGGCUGAAAGCCCAAGGUCUUGCUAAAUGGGCCCGCUACAGGGGCCACGGAGAGUAUUUCAUUUGGAGUGAUAUUCCAGAAGACGCUGUACUCCACACCUUAGAGGUCGACAAGUUGAUCGAAGAUCUUAAUAACGAUGCAGAGUGCCGAGAACUACUCCACUUCGUCGUCUUCGAAGCUGGUGUCAAGACCAACGCUAUCGCUGCAAUCCUGCGCGAGAGAAACAAGACGCUCAACACAGCGACCGCCCGCGCACUUGGCAAGAUCGCGAGGGCCUUCGGUAUGGGUCAAAGUAAUAUGACCUUGCGGCAUCUCCAAGACUUCGUUGCGAGAAUUCUCGAUGGAUGGACCAUCUUGAGACCCGAUGUGAUCGACAUGCACACGAUGUCUUCUCUUUCCGCUACCUUUGCAACGACUCUAGGCUCUCAUGAUGCUGGUCACACUCUUCAGGAUGUCAUGGGGGCCUUCAUUAGAGGUGUGGAUGAUGGUGUGAGGUGCAUUGCACACUGGUCGCGUAGCAGGAGCGGUUCGCGUCGUCAACGCUUCCGCGCUGCAUAG